GAAUAAAACAAAAUCCUACAUCAACCUUACUUCAGCUCGAGUCCAACAACACACACAGUCACAGAGGGAUCAAUCAGAAAAUGGGAGCAUUUGCGGCACUCUCGACACCAACUCCAUGGGGCCAAGCCCAGUACCGCGAGAGCCCCACAAUCCACAACCAAUCCGCCCCCUCCGCCCAUUUCCGUCCCCCACCCAGGCCCUUUUCGUGCUUCGCCUUGGACGCCUCCAGGGACAACGUGCCGCCGCUGGUGGUGGUGGGCUCCGCCAACGCCGACAUUUACGUGGAGAUCGACCGCCUGCCCAAGGAGGGCGAGACCGUUUCCGCCAGAACCGGGCAGACGCUGGCCGGCGGCAAGGGGGCCAAUCAGGCGGUCUGCGGCGGCAAAUUGGCGUACCCGACCUACUUCGUGGGGCAGGUGGGGGAGGAUGCUCACGGCAGGCUCAUCACGGACGCGCUCCAGGGCGGUGGGGUGCUUCUUGAUAGGUUGACCACGGUCGCCCACUUUCCCACGGGCCAUGCCGUGGUUAUGCUGCAGUCUGAUGGCCAGAACUCUAUUAUUAUUGUUGGUGGUGCUAAUAUGGCUGGCUGGCCGGAUAUUUUGCCGCCGGAGGAUCUGGACGUGGUCAAGAAUGCUGGCAUUGUUUUGCUGCAGAGAGAGAUUCCUGAUCAAGUCAACCUUCAGGUUGCAAAGGCUGCACGGAGUUCUGGUGUUCCAGUCAUCUUGGAUGCUGGGGGAGUUGAUGCGCCAAUCCCUCCGGAACUACUUAAGUUUAUUAGCAUUUUGAGCCCAAACGAAACUGAGCUUGCUCGUCUAACAAAUAUGUCCACAGAAAGUUUUGAACAGAUUAGCCAAGCUGCGGGACAAUGCCAUGAAAUGGGUGUUAAGGAAGUGCUUGUAAAACUUGGAGCCAAAGGUUCGGUUCUUUUCACGGAAGGAGAGGAACCAAUCCGACAACCUAUCAUAUCAGCUCCGAAAGUGGUUGAUACCACGGGAGCUGGUGAUACUUUCACUGCAGCGUUUGCUGUCGCCCUUGUGGAGGGAAAGCCCAAGAAAGAAUGCCUGGAAUUUGCUGCUGCUGCAGCUUCACUUUGUGUGCAAGUAAAGGGUGCCAUACCGAGCAUGCCCGACAGAAAAUCAGUUUCAAAUCUUAUUCAGAUGCAUUAUUAGCUCAUCUGGCAUGUAUGUAAUAAGAGGUAAGGGAACUAGGGCAAGGACAGUCAUCAGAAGUUUCACUGCCUGCAGACUUGCAAAUUCUUGAGCACUUUGAUCAUCAUUCAUCAGUUUGAUGGAAAAGUUAAUCCUCCUCAAAACUAAUUUGAGGUUGCUAACUGCACAUAUUUUAUCAAGAAUCAUGUGGUGGUAUCAAUCUUUCUUGACAUGAGUUUUGUUGAGGUUCUUGAAACUUUGAUUUAGGUCUUAUAGCAAUAUAUAAGGUAAUUUUGAGCUA